AUGUCUACAAAAACAAUCUCCUGUUUCUUACUCAUUCUAUGCAGUGUAUUGCUAGUUCAAGUCAAAUCUCAAAUAUGCCAUGGUGUCGCUCAAUAUGCUAAAUGUUCGCCAAAUACUGGCUGCGGUUGUUUACAUAUUCCAGGCGCUAUUAACGUCGGCAUUUGUAGCUAUGAAUUUUUAGUAGAGUGUUCUGAACUAGUUAAAUGCGAUCACAACAAUCUUUGUUAUGAACCUGAUCAUCGAUGUUUUCAUCAUCCUCGAUGUCAGAGCUCGCCUGUCUGUUAUCCAGUACCGACUUAUAAUCGACAACUUUGCCCACCAAUCACAAUGACGAACAUCACAACUACAGCACCAGUUCCAACUACAACUACAACCCGUGCUCAGCAACUAGGUAAUAUUCCUGCUAAUGCUACAUGGGCACAGAACGCAGUGACUAUUGCUGGAGGUAACGGGUAUGGGGGUGCCACUAAUCAACUCAGCGUCCCUCAUGGUCUCUUCGUUGAUGAUGAUCAAACAGUGGUCAUUGCUGACUACAAUAAUCAUCGUAUCAUGCAAUGGAAGAACGGUGAUACAACGAAUGGACAAGUUGUUGCUGGUGGCAAAGACGCAGGAAAUGGAUUACAUCAAUUGGAUCGUCCAACUGAUGUUUUAAUUGACAAAGAGACAAAUAGUCUCACUAUUUGUGAUUAUGGGAAUCGACGAGUUGUACGAUGGUCUCGUCGUAGUGGUACAACACAAGGUGAAAUACUCAUCGACAACAUCCAAUGUUAUGGAUUAGCAAUGGAUGAACAGAGAUAUCUCUACGUUUCUGACUGGGAAAAAGAUGAAGUAAGACGAUAUCAAUUGGGUGAGAAAAAUAGCACUCUCGUAGCUGGUGGUAAUGGGAAAGGUGAUGAACUCAAUCAGCUCAACUGGCCGAAAUAUCUCUUUGUCGAUCGACAACAGACUGUCUACGUAUCAGACUACAACAAUCAUCGUGUAAUGAAAUGGAAUAAAGGUGCAAAUGAAGGUAUUGUGAUCAUUGGAGGACAAGGUCAAGGGAAUGCUCUGACACAAUUGUAUUAUCCUAAUGACCUCGUCAUUGAUACGUUGGGUACACUCUAUGUAGCAGACUCGUGGAAUCAUCGUGUAAUGCGUUGUACUCAAGGAGACAAGCAGAAACAAGGCGCUGUAAUUGUGGGUGGAAAUGGUCAAGGAGCUGGAGCAAAUCAAUUCAACUUCCCCUUUGGUUUGUCUUUCGAUCGACAUGGUAAUCUCUAUGUCGCCGAUCGUGAUAAUAAUCGUGUUCAGCGAUUUUCUAUCGAAUAA